AUGCAGAGAGAGUCCAGACGAGCGUGGUUCAACUUGCACAAGCAGCAGCUGCAGCCUCGGGACCAAGGCAACGCACUCUGCGACACCUGCUGUUCGGUGAAGUUGCACACGGACGACGCCUACAACGGCGGCGGCAGCCUGCGCGUGUUCUUCAAGCGCAACCAUCAAUUCCCGGACGCCAAGCCUUACAUAAGGUUGUUUGGUUGCGAAUUCCCUGUGGGUGAUCUUGCGGUGAGCUACACCUUCAAAAACAUCAGCUCCUGCAUCAAAGUUGGCCAGGACAUCGCGCUCGUUUUGAAGGCUAAGAAUGUAGCAGGAGAGACGGAGGAGAUCUUUCUGGGCCUGACGGUUGGUCUACCGGACGGUGACAACUACACAGUGACUCGGGAGAUCGUCAAACCACCCGAGGCCAGCCAGGCGGUGCCGGGGACUUACUGGGUCACCAGGAAAUACCUACUGGAGGACCUUCGGGGUGCAGGCGGGGCCAUUCUGGAGGAGAUUGGCCUCCACUUUUUCUGCGUCGGAACGGAGGCGAAUGUUUGCCUGCUGGGCCAACUGGACGUCAUGAGGCCAGCCGGUGCAAACGCAGCUUCCACUGACGACAGCAGCAGCAGCGACGGCGAACCAGAGAAGAAGCGGCAGCGGGAAGAGCGUUACGGCCUUGACAUAAUGGUGGCCGAGUUCAUCCACGGCUGUCAUGAGCGGCACGUGUACAGAUUUCACCACUGGCAGAUUAUCGACACGUUCAUUUAUUACUCCCACCACAUGGUCACGAUUCCUCCUCCGGGCUGGAUUUCGGCUGCCCACAGACAUGGCGUCAAAGUUCUAGGAACUUUCAUCUUCGGCAAGGACGAUAGCAUAACUAUUGAUACGAUCAAAGCCAUGGAUCUCGUGCCCCAGAUUGCAGCCCAGCUAGCACAUGUAGCAUCCGUGGGCCGGUUUGAUGGAUGGCUAAUCAGCAUCGGCUGCGAAGUAGGGAAAUGGUUGUUGCCAAGCCGCUGCGUUCCAGUAGUGAAGGACUUGCUUAAGGCCGUCACCACAGAAGUACACAAAGCUGUGCCUGGCUCCCUCGUCAUCUGGUACGACGCUGUCGACGUCAACGGAAAGCCCAAGCCACACAACGAACUCAACGAAAAAAACUCCUGCUUUUUCGACUUAUGCGAUGGCAUCUUCCUCAACUUCCAGUGGACUGAAGCCAUGCUCCAGAGGUCGGCACUACUGGCAGGCAACCGCAAAGCCGACGUCUACGCUGGGGUUGACGUGUACGCGCGCGACACGGCGUAUCCUGGCGGCUUCGACAUGUACAAGGCUGUUCAACUGGCUCGUAAGUGUGGCUUGUCGGCUGCUGUGUUUGCGGCUGGCUGGGUCUACGAGACAAAGGAAAAAUUCCGUUUUGGAAAAAACCAGUACCGGCUUUGGAAUUUUCCGGAUGACUGCUGCUCCGAAUGGCGUCUCACCAAGUUGCCGCUUUCCACAAGUUUUUGCCAAGGCUUUGGCAGCAAGACGUUUGAAGCUGGCCAGGUAACGGGUAAACUGCCGUGGUUCAACUUGCACAAGCAGCAGCUACAGCCUCGGGACCAAGGAGCCAAACUCUGUGACACCUGCUGUUCAGUGAAGGUGUACGUGAACGACGCGUACAACGGUGGCGGCAGCCUCCGCGUGCUGUUCAAGCCUAACCAUCACUACCCGGACGCUAAACCCUACAUAAGGUUGUUUGGUUGCGACUUCCCGCUCAGCCCUCUUGAGGUGAGCUACACCUUCAAGAACAUCACCUCCGUCAUCACAAUUGGCCAGGACAUUGCAAUUGUUUUGAAGGCAAGAACUGCAGCAGGGGAGGCGGAGGACAUCUUUCUAGGCGCGACGGUUGGCCUGCCGGAGGGUGGCAACUACAGGGUGACACGGGAGAUCAUCGACCCCGAGGACAGUGAGGACCAGUCGGACACUUACUGGCUCACUAGAAAGUUCCAGCUGGAGGACCUGCGAGGUGCGGACGGUGCCAUUCUUGAAGAGAUUGGCCUCCAUUUCUUCUGCGUCAAUAGCGAAGCUACCGUUUGCCUGCUGGGCCAACUUGACAUCGCACGGCCAGCCGAUGCAAAAGUUCGCAGUAACGACGACAGUGAUGACGAGGAACCAGAAAUGAAGCGGCAGCGAGAUGGCUAGGACGGGCUUGACACAAUUUAAAUCGAGUAAUAACAAAAAAAAGCGUUGCCUGCAAUGUAUUGUGGGUUUGCUGAAUCGGCACAAGAGAAAGGUGAAACUGCAUGACGAUAUGCUAAACACGCAGGGUUUGCCGAGGGAGCGACGAAUUGCCCAAUUUUCAGAUGCGUAAAAAGGAUACGUGAGGCUAAUUCAGUCGAAUAUAACGAGUACGAAUUAACAAAGUCUCUUACAAAGAUCGGCGUGUAACAAAUACAGCCAAACCCAAAUAUACAGCGGAGACUCGUUUAUGCGACCUGCAUAAUAAGUUUUUCGGGAUGAUACGAUUAUUUUCCCGGCCAACGUCGCAUAGGAGCAAUGUAUUUUAAUACGGUUACUACAAUCGCAGUUUCACCUGAAAUUGGAUAAUACGGCAGCAGACGUUAGCUUAGUACGUGCGGACAUCGAGGGAAAGUGAACUGGAACAGGUCCGCAUAAUCUUUCGACUCGAAAACGCCAUUAGUGAGUGUGAGAAAGAGUUCGAGGUACAGGCAAAAAUCUACUACGCGUAGUUUUGUUUUCGACAAACAGAUUCAUUCCUGGCUUUUCUCCACUAGAAUAAUAAAUUCGUGAGUAAUAA